AUGUCUCAGACACAGGACUCCAAAGUGAAGUACUUGCCGUUAAUCAACAAUCCACUUUUGAACUGUCUUUUCAACAAUCCUCAUCAUACCAAAUACCCAUUCAAACGAGCCAUUCAUGAACUCAGUGCUAACCAUAACAACUACACCAUAUUAUUACCGCCCGCACAUAUACUCAAUACGUAUUAUGAUCCAUCCUCCGAGGGCAGCUCCAAAAGGGUGUUGCUAAAGGAGCUUUGCUAUAACAGUGAGGACUUUAUUCAGUCACAUAUUGUUAAAUCCUGUCAAUCACAAACUAGUCGUACGUCUAAGACUCGACUAGUGAUGUAUAACUCGUUAAAUGACAAGCAGAUAUUAAUAAAGGGCAAUUCGGUAUUCACCGGAAGAGGAUUUAAAAAGAGCUUGAAACUUCGAAUUGUGGCCAUUGAUUAUUUCCAUUCCUUCUGUGAUUACUUCCCUAAAGGGUCUCGAUUCAUGGUUCUAUAUAUUGAAGAUACUCUAUUUGGAAGUCUAAGUCCCAUUAGUCUUUCAUCACAAAAGGUUAUUACCACAGAGGAAUCAAGCACUAGUAUGUCUUCCUCCCAGCAGUCUCCCGUUAAUAUAGAGACUAUUACCUUGGAUAAGCUUCUCCGGAGUUUCCCAUUACUCUCCCGUGCGGUAUCGGGCAAAUUCUAUAGACUAUUUCACCAUAAUAAUGCCCAAUUUGCUCCCCUUUAUACACACACAAGAAAGAAGCUCGGGUAUAUUCUACUGGAAUUUGAAAAGAUUAUAGAAGCGGCUUAUCUCAUUGUUCUGAAUAGUGUCAAGCUUGAAUCACCUAAUGGAGAAGACACAUAUACGUUAAUUCACCAGAUCAUGGCUUUGUACCCUGGUUUGGACUUCAAUAGACUUGUGUUUGAAUAUGUGGAAUUAAAUCUUUAUGAUAGAAUAUGGUCUCAAUUGGUGUACCAAUUUGAUUUCCCAAACGAUGAUAAAGAACAGUAUGAAAGAGAAGCCAUUAAAGUUUUAACUCCAAAUCUUUACAAACAGCUUUCGUGUGUAUCUUUGAACCAAUUGGAAAUAACGGCAUGUUCUGUUUGGGAAAUCAAUGAACUUAUGAAACGAAUUCUAGCAGCAAUAGCUGAGUUUUCAAAGCUAUCUGAUUCUACUGUGGUUAACCUGUCCAGCAAAACAAAAGUAUUGAUAAGAACUAUAGAGUUAUUAAGUGAGAACACCAAUCCUAAAGAAGAGGAAAGUUCAUUUAUAUUGGAUGCUGAUACCUUAUUGGGGCUCUUGAUAAUGGUUGUACUUCAUUCUAAAAUUGAGAACUUGGAAGCUCACUUAUAUUACAUUAAGAAUUUCAAUUCGGUGGAUUAUUCACAUGAUGGAUAUUUCAAUUACAUUCUAAGUAACUUUGAAGCAGUUUUAUUGCAUUUCUCUCCUCAAGGAGAAAACGCCCAUACCCAUGAACUUGUUCAAUAUUCACAGGAAAACUACGAGUUUUGGCUAAGCAUUCAAAGAGGUGACCUACUUUCAAUCAGUAACUUACUUGAAUCUGUUUAUAACAAACAUGGAGACGAUUUACCAGAGAAACACUGUUUGAAAAGUCGGAACAUACAAGGCGAAAGCUGUUUAGCAUUUGCUAUUAAAGCCCGUAAUUUCAAUUUAUUUGAAUUGCUAAUGACUUUCAAUGUCAAUUGGUUUUCAAUUGACGACAUUUUGUUUGAUGUCAACGUUAAAACAAAUCAAACAUUACUUAUGCUUGCACUUGAAGAAGAAUGUGAAGAUAUUAGUGAAGCUCUCGUGGAGGUUAUCGUUGCAAAUACUUCAAUCGAAGAACGCAUAGGUUACUUCAAUUAUGUUGAUGUUUCUCAUAGGUCUGUUGGACAUUAUUUGUUCCAUAAUUAUCAGUUGAUUGACAAAAUAGGUUAUUAUAUCGAUUGGGAAUUGAAAGAUAUGAAUUCUCAUACUCCUUUAUUCAGUAUUUGCAGAUGUUAUGACCACCCAGAAUAUGUCAAGUUAGUUAAAAGGACUUUUGAAUGUGUGGUGGAAGUUUGUAAGAUAAAGAGUAAAUGUUUUAACUUUGAUGAUCAUUUAGAUAAAGCUGGGAACUCUUUACUUCAUAUUGUCCCGAAGAACUUAAAGGAAAUGGGAUUUUUGAACUGUGGUCAAGUAUUGGAUGUUAACCAAUUUAACAGUAAGAAUAUGACACCGUUGUCACAUUAUGUCAAGUAUAGUCGAGCAGACAAUUUAGAAGAAUUACUUCAAGAUAGAAGACUAAUAUUCAAGUUGAAUGAUCCCAACAAUCAUUACAAUGUGUUGGACUAUUUUGGGGUUCUGUCUAUGAAAUCAAAUGGUAGUCUGAGUUCAUCAUCAUCAUUUGACUCAAUUGAUAAGUUGUUAACCAACUAUAUCUUUGAUAACUUUGUUCCACUAUCACUGCCAGGUAUAAAGCUUUAUGCAUUGAAUGCCAAAUAUGAAGCAACAUUAAAAGACUGGGUCCUUUUUUUUAGAGACGAUAAUAGACUUCCAUUUUAUCGGAAGUUAGAAGACAUUAAGAAGUUCAUUUACGCAUUUAAAUUGUUACAUCCAUUAUCUAUUAUCACGGAUCCGGAAGCAUUUUGGUUGAAUUAUCCUCCUAAUCUAAACACCAUGCCUAUGUUUGGUAAGUUUCGAAUGAAUUACUUAAUUGAGGACAUCAAUUUCUAUUUCAGAAGUAUUCAAUUCCAGUCAAAGAAGAAACAAGACGAUGCAAGGUUCUUAUUGGGUGAUGAAUUAAAUAAACUGACCCUUGAAUUAAGAAACUAUAUAAUGUCCCUUAAUGAGUCCCAAAGAAACCAAUAUGGUGAAUUAGUACUUUCCAGAACAGAUAUCCAAGACGUUGAAUUUUUUCUAAAUUACUCCAUGAAUGAUAUCCUCAAGUAUCAAAAGCUAGUGUCCAAAUUCAACAAAAUAGCUGCCAUGACCGCAUUGAAGCAUUCAGACCAUAUACAAAUCGUAGAUGAUGUUUUGGUUGAAGGGUCAUUAAGAGGUUUUAUCCUGACUACAAUGACCACUCAAAGUGGUGAUACGGACCAGAAUCACCAUAUCAAUGAAUCGCAUGCUAUGUUGGAGUUCUUAGCAUGUACUACACAACUUGAGAAUGCUUGUAGUCGACUAAGAAAAAACGUUGACAUUGUUUUAGGCAGAAUUCAAACGUGGAAAGAGCACUAUAAGGAAAUCAAAACCAUUGAGGCUGAAUUGCAAAUGAUUGAUACCAUUAACUUGAAGAUGAGAUUAAACUCUCCCAAUAACCCAAAUGGUAGAGGUACUCCACUUUCAAGAAGAAGCACUUUUAGUAGUGAGGAAGUGGCUGACUUUGAAGACGAUGAAGAAGAACAAUCAGCAUCUUCAAUAUUCAAUUUUGGAGCCAUCUUAGAGAGCAAAAAGUCAAAGUAUAAAAAGCUUACUAAACAGAAGGCUGAUUUGAUUAAGCAAGUCAUCAAAAUGAAUAGUGAGAUCAAAUGCGAUCAUGAUUUGAUUGCGUCAGAGAUCUCAGACUUUCUCAAGUAUAAGUCAACCUUUAUUGAAUUUGCUAUUAAGAAGUAUGUGGUAAGCAUCUUGGGUAAUGUUCAGCAUAGGAAAUGCAUUUUACAGAAACGUUUAUUAAGUCUUAAACAGCUUCGGUAA